CCUUUUCUCUUUUCUUUUCUUUUUUUCCCCUUCCUUCCCUCCUCCACCUCUAUAUAUACCCCAAGACACACACGGCAAGUACACAACAUAUAUCGAAAUCACACCGCCUCCCCCUCCCCACAAGAAAAAAAAAGCAAAUGAUGGAAAAUAACCCCGCACCUUUUCAUCACUGCUAGGUAGGUAGGUGUCACGAACAUGCUGGCGCAAGCAGCGUCGGCGAUCGCAUCACGUUCUGUAGCGAACUAGCUAGCUAGCUGGAGAAGUCGUCCUCACCGAUAUCAAGAAAAGAAUAAAAUCUUAUCAUUUACCACAUACAGUCCCUCAUAAAUACAAUCACACAAGCAUACAUGCAUAUAUACUAUAUCUCUCAAGUCAUGAGGUUUGAAUGCUGACGAUAACAACGAUGGAAAUAAUGAUGACGAUGAAAGAGUAAGCAAGUUUUGUUGUUGCUAUUUAAUUAAAAAAAAAAGGGAAGAGGCAUACAGGGGUGUUGAUUGUGCGAGUACGUACGUAUGGGAAUUCUCAUUAAAGGCAUUUUCUCUUCUUCUUUUUUUUUAAAAAAAAAAUGGAAUACAGCUUUUCUUUCUUUCGCUUAUGCGUAAAGUUUUGACGGCUCUGUGAACUGUAUAAUGGUCUUCGAUCUAGGGGUGGGAGGGGGUAAGAGAGGAAGAUAACUUUGUUCUAUUGACUAGGCUUUUGUACGGGCGGUCGUUGCCGUCAAAGAUUUGUAGUGGAUCGGGAGGUGGAUCGGGAGGUGGUUCGUUGCUACUGCUGUCGGUGGCUAUUACCAGUGCCAUUGCCAGUGCCAGUGCUAGUUAUUGCGCUGUAUGAAGCUCGUUGGUAAAGGCGCAGCAAAUAACAUUCUACAAAUUGGAGUUUGGGUGGUUCUACACAGAGUGGUAUGUUUCCGACAAUUGAAGUACCAAAGAACAGGCGAUCUUUUUUUUUUAGUAAUCGCCUGUUUUUUUUUGGGGUACUUGGUUGCUUGUGAUAUCGCUGGGUGUUGGAGCACCUAA